AGCUGGUUUCCACAGAUCUCCAAGCUGUUCCCUGACAACGAGCAAGAUGGUAGGAAGUAGACUUUUCGGGCUCGUCGUAGCCUUCGUCGCAUGCGCCUUGGCCGCCGACUACUUCGCCGAUGAGAGAACAUGUCUCAACAUCCAGCCAGGCCUCUGGGUGAGGGACGAAAACGACUGCAUGGUCGCCCACCAGUGCGGCUUCGACGGUGAAAUUGUUCAAUCCGUGAGAUGCAACGCCAGCCAAGUGUGGUCGAAACUGGCUUCAGCCUGUGUGUGGGAGUGGGACCCCGACAGGGAUGACUGUAACGGCUCACCACAGGUACCCAUCGCCAAUGACCCCCGAUGCAAGAAACAGACCGGCAACAACCCCGACCCCGAGGACUGCUCCAAGUUUGUGUCAUGCGCAAACGGCACUUUGAUCGCUAUCCAGCGUUGCGGUGAUGGCACGCUUUACUUGCCUAGGAACAACACAUGCGAGUUUGCCCACAACGUCGUGAAUGAAUGCGGACCAAGGAAAGUACCUGAGACCAUCGUCAUCAGAGAGGAGGAUCCCCUGUGUGCCCACGACGGCCAGGUCCCCGACCCCGAGAGUUGCAGACACUUCAUCCUGUGCCAGCACGGUCGCCGCACACAGAGAAUCCAGUGCCCUCAUGGUACCUCCUUCUCUCCAGCCGCAAGGAAGUGCGAAUGGCAUUCCGCUGUCGACUGUAACGGGAAGGGACCCUUCUAACUGCCAUCAUGGCAUCUGUCUCCUGAUUGAUUGGCGAUCUUCAUGAUCGUCAACCAUUUUGUUUCUGUCUCAUUUUUGAAAGUUCACCGCAAACCUCUUGAUCACACAUUUAUCGAAGCCCCCAAAGAGCAAUUGUUAACGGGAUCAAUAUGGUGACCUAAAAUAUCGCUUGAUUUUGACAAACAGCCUACUACCUUCUUCGACAGGUUUAAACGUACGUGAAAUUGUCACUGUUGUUAAUUGCUGCCUAAUACCUAACGGACGUUUUCCAUACAGUGUCAUGUUUCAUCCUGUCACGUGUUCUGUGUACGAAGCUGUGCGUGGCGGUGCCCGGAGUCUCCACGCACCACGAGUGCCAUCUAGUCACCUCUGUAACAGUUCCCAUGCCCUUGUGUACAUGCGAAGUCUUUCGAAUGUUUGAUUGAGUGAAUUGCAUCUGUUUUUGCUCAUUUUAUGAAUGAAUAAAUAUUUGUAAUUAUUUUAAUUU